AUGGAACAAUAUCAAAUGAGAGUUGAUCACAUUUGGGUGUCUAUAGGACCAAUUCAACUAAGUGGCAAAGCUAGAGAAAAACUGCACACUCCGGGAAAGGAAACAUGGCAUUGCAAGAGCUAUUUUCAACACGUCAAAGACUUAGCAGUAUUAGGUACACCUGGCCACACAUCUCUUGAAACAGUUACAUUUGAAGUAGAAAAGAUCAAGAAGAGCUUAUGGCAAGAUGAGCAGAGUGGAAUAGUACAAGAUGGUGAAGACAAAUCAGGCUUUGGCCUGCAAAUCCACACAACUUUUAGAAGACUCCUAUCAGCUGUCAAUACAGCAACUUUGGAUGUCAGAUUGGAAUGUGGCUUUUUGGUUGUUGCCAUAUUACAAGAAAUACAAAGUGUCCUAGGAAAGGAAGUCCAGAAUCCAUGUCAGCCACCUGGUACCGACCAGAGUAAAGUGGGUCGCAGAAGUGUAGCUCAGAUCCCUCCUGCACCACCAGAUCUGAUUAGUGUACAACAGGCUAAGGAUGUAGAGGCAGUGUGUCGGGUCCUUUUUUAUACUGCAGUGUUGGGGUGCCUAGACAAUGAGGCAUCACUCUAUGUGAAGUUGAUGCUUGCAAAGAACAAGUUCAUUUUGGGGAGUGACCUGCCUUCGGUACCACAGGAAUGCAGACAUGCUGUCCUUAGUGAGAUCUUCAAAAGUCUUCUACCUGUGAUGAAGCAUGAAACACUAGGAACUUGCAUGCGAGGGCCAAUGUUUCCUGAGGUUCUGAGUUCCAUACUACAGCUGUGCUUUGGCCCUGUGGAGGUUAAAAACUUCCCUGAAGACACAGCCUUCUUCCGAGAUCAGAUGGAAAGCCUCUUUAUGUGCAUGGACACCAACCAUGCAAUUCAACAAAUUUUACUUCUCAAGGGUUUGGCACAGCAAGGGGUGUGGUUCAAGAAGGUGUGUGGAUUGCUCCUCGUUCGAAGGUUCAUGUUUCAGCCAGGUGGAGUUGCUGCAGUUAUUGGAGCCGGGCUUUCCAUCUGUAACGGCAGGGACUGGCAGCAGUGUGAGGCAGUUGCUAGUCUGAUUGCCCAAGCCAAGAUCAGUAACAUGGAUCAGUUAUAUUCUGUUGCUGGACCACAGAUAGCAGAGUUGUUGUUGCAAGAGCAACUUCAGCCAGAAAUCUUGCGAGUGGUUGUGCUAAUUGUGGCUCAAAUGGCCAGACGCUCAGCCUCACUCACUGCACUGCAUGUCACCCAUUCUCUUCUGAAACCCUUGGCUGACACAACCACAGCAGAGGCAGGAAGAAUAUUUUCUAGCUCUGAUGUGAACCUCACCCUCUGCAUAACCCGAAUUCACAAGCUGUUCGUGGAGAUUGCCACUCCGACUGUUGCACUCACCACCCGCUUCACCGUUUGUGCCCUGAUGGAGUGCCCGCUCUGUAUGUCACAUCUCCGUUCCCAAAAACCCCGCAAUUUUGGUGAGGAGUUCACAAAAGAGCCUGUGUUUAUGGAAAAAUGUAAUUUGUUUUUGUACUUGGACUUUCAUUUGCCUUGCAGGUAUUUAUCACAGCAACAGAAAGGAGAGGCUGUGGAAACUCUUCUUGUUCUGUCUGGCCUGAAGAAAUCCUCUGCUUCACCUUCAGUUGAUCCAAGAGUCAAAUUUAGCAUAGAUGAUGAAGGUGGAGUGAAAGUUACUAAUGUUGAAGAGAUUGCCGAUGAUAACAUCUUAGAAAAUGAUGACAGACUAUCAAAGUCCCUCAUAACGGUUCUUGAGACUUUGAAAAACCGUGCAGUUAUUUUGGAGUUUUAUGAAAGACUUGCUGAAUGUAUUGACUUCACAGUAUUGAAUGAGAAGAAACAAUCCCCGACACUCUUGCUGACGGAUGAGGAUGUAAGAAAGGAGCAGUUCGAGGGGAUGAGGAGGGUGAGUCUCGGGACAAACCUCUUGAGCCUUCUUGCAGACAGUGAUGCACUCACAAGUGACCUCUUCCAAGACCUGUCUGCAGCUGUGCCCUUUGUUGAUAGGCUCAUCAAAGCUGGAUGUCAGGAAUGCAGUGAUGAACACCUACGGAAAACUCAAACUACUCUUGUAAUGAAUAUUGUUGUGCUCAUUUCAUGUUAUGUCAGUGAACGUACACUCAGGAAGAAGAUGUCAAGUGAAGACUGGAAAGGGUUGAAGAAUCUUGUUCCCUCCUUAGAUGAAGUAGGAGAAAAUAUACAGGAUGAGACAGUGCUUCUCUAUAUUGAGCAACUUCGUAACCUUCUCCUCACUCAUGGGGUUGUGCAAACAUUGCCAGGAGAUAUCCAGUCUGGUGCAAAACAAGGGAAACAGAAAGAUGUUAGCACCAAGAAAGGGAGAAAUGAUAAAUCUGGGAAAACAGAAGUAGAGCUGGAUGAAAAAGAUAAUAAAACAAAACAAGAACUGAACAGAAAUAAUAUUGGAAAAGUACAGAAUGAAGUUGAAGAUAAGAAGUCCCAUGACAUGCAGUCCCAAGAAGUAAAAAGCACAUACAAGGAAGCCAUGGAUGACCUGUUUAGCCCUCUGCUGCCUGUGCGUGGGCACUCCCUCCUGGCCCUUGGGAAGUUGAUCGAACAGAGAGACCCAGAAACCUUACUACACAAAGACCAUCUUUUAACAAUUUUUCAGCAUAAUUUGAAGGAUGAGGAUUCUUAUAUCUACCUGAUGGCUGUGCAGGGUUUGUCUGUCUUGUGUGAUGCUUAUCCAGAUAAGAUUGUAGGCAUUUUGACUGCUGAGUUCAGUGUUGGGGAGCGUACAGCUGAGGACAGAGCCAAGUUAGCUGAGGCAUUAACAAGGGCUUCGAGGCGUCUGGGGCCCCUUCUGCCACAUUACAAGGAACAGUUCAUUAAUGCAUUGCUGGCAGGAGUUCGAGACAGAGAGCUCCUUGUGCGGGCAGCAAGCCUCUCCAGUCUGGGAGAUGUCAUUAAAUUGCUACGUUUCAGCAUAGGGCCCAUUGUUCAUGAGGUAUUCCAGCUUUUACACGCCAUCAUCUCUCAUGACAAAGAGGCAGAGGUGCGACGGGCAGCUGUAUUGGUCAUAACCCUACUCCUACAGGGGCUUGGCCAGGAUGCAUUCUCAGUGUUGAAGGAGAUAAUUCGGGAUCUAUAUCGAGCCCUGCGACUAGUACACACUACAGAUCCCGAUGAUGUUGUUAGACUCCAUGCACAGUUAGCAAUGGAAGAAAUUGACACCAUAACAAGGGCUUUCCUUCUCCCGAAACUUAGUCUCUCCAAGAAAAUUUAUGUGACUGAAAUGCCGCCAAGUCCGUUCUAGUAUUUAUUUUAAUUUUUAUAUA